CCUCCUCCCUCUUCCCUCCCUCCCUCCCUCACCCACUCCUCCAACACUCUUUGUGCAGCUCCUCCCUCCUCCCUCUUCCCUCCCUCCCUCACCCACUCCUCCAACACUCUUUGUGCAGCUCCUCCCUCCUGUUCGCUGCUACCACCUCCAUCCCUCACCGUCCUGCACGCUCUCGCGUGCUCGCACACCAGCUUCGAUCCACAUUGCACUCAAUUCCUCUGCCUUCAUUCCUCACUGCGGAUCACGCCAGGAUUCCCUUCUCUCUCCUGGCUGUGCUUCCAGACCUGGCAAUGGGCGGCAGCGUUCCGCUGUUGAGAUCUGUAAUUUGAGAGUCAUUCCUGAACCGUGAGGACAAUUCCUCAUACUCUGCUGGGUCCCAAGGAUAUUGCCACAUUUUGUGAGCAAGUCCAACCUGGGGAGUGAGCCGAGUGUGAGGAGCUAAGAGGCGACUAAAAUGUCUGCGACGAGAAUCCUAUUCUUUUUGGCGAUUCUCGUCUGUAUCGACCGUGCGGCUGCGCAAACGACGGGUGAUGAUGGUUUGGUAACAGGAGACGCGCCGGUAGCCAUCAAACAUGUCAAUUGUACGCUUCAUAACUCUUCAAUGAUAUCCCCUACCUUGUGCACGUAUUAUGAUAAGCAGAAUAUGGCUAGUGAGACGGGCAACUGCCAGUCGUUCCUGACCAAUUGGGAGGAUGCUCCAAAUCCGGGUUGCUGCGAGGGCUUCCGCAAAAUCGCCGGAUUUCGGAUCGCUUGCAUAUGCGAUGCCACCUUCUACCCGCCUGUGACUGUGAACUUCACCCGGCAAUUGGCGCUCCCAUUCUUGUGCAGCAUCGUCAACGAUCUGUGCGUGGAAUGCCCCACGUAUCUCGUCUCUCGUACGGAAGAGUACCCCGUCGGUGGAGUUGAGAAGAGAUCAGUCGCUGCCCGAGUGGCUGCAAUUGUCCUUGGAGUGAUCCUGUCCGUCGUACUCCUGGUUGGUGCGGUCGCACUCACCAUCACGGAGCUGAAGAAACAGAAGGAAGAGAAAACUGCUGAAGUUUUCGAGGCUGCUCCACCCGGAGGCGCCUUUUGAGCAUCCAUCAAGAUCUAUACACUAGUGCAAUUAACCUCUGGGACGAGACAAAUCCGUAAGUUAAAGAAUGAUAGGGACACCGCCAAAGUACCUUUUUAGGGUCGCAUGGCGUGGCGAGCGAGACGAGCUGUCUAUCCGAUGAAUGCUUUCGAGUUUGUAACGAAUUGAUGUAUACAACUAUCACGGGCUACCAUGUGGUGCCCUUAGCUUUGGAACACCUGAGGUGUAUUUGGGUGAUUUUGGGCACCUGGUACUGUGAUUUUCCCACUUGUGAUGCGUAAUGUAAUUGUGAUUCGUGCUAUUCAAUGAUUUCUGGCAACCGAUCUCUGCAUACAGUUUCAGAGCUUUCUUCUGGAAAAAGUCGUUACUGACGUUCAAACAGAAUAUUGUGUAAGGAAAUGGGCAGGGAAAGUCGAAGACACCAUGGAAACUUGAAUUGGUGGCUUAGGGUUUUGGUUUAUGCAUGAGGUAGGCAUCACCGCAGGGGCAGCAAACUCGAGUUGGGCAUUGAGCACGACCAGCAGCAUCCAAGCAGGGGGCAAUCUUCUAUUUCAGGGGUGGAGAGAACAUGAGCAGGGAUUGGUUGGAUGAUAUCGAAAGACCAUUCGCACAUUGUGAGUGUUGAGAAACAAAAUGUGGAUUUGCCGAGAGAGCAGCGUGGCAAGCAUGCAAGGGGGGCAGCAGGAUGUUGGAUGGAUUCCGGCGUGGAGUUCCGGGUGUCCAAUAACAGCGGAGCGGAACCCUGUACUACUCAGUCAGCAGAAGAGCAGCAGGUUCAAGGAGAUAGUGAGGGAGGAAGGGAUCCCCCCUCCCCUCCCCCCCUCUCCCUUUCCUUUCCUUGUCCUCCCUUGUCUUGUCUAGUCUUGUGUGUCCCCUGGUUUUUGAAUGAACAGAAAAGAUAUCCUUAGUAAUUCCUUUGAUCAAUGUAUUGCUACUUAUUUCUUAGUAGCAAUGUGUUUGUAAGGUACAACAUUGCAAUUGGUGAAAUCACAAUCAUAAUUUUUAAA